AUGGCCCGUAUUUCAGUUCUGGAUUGGGUUCCGUAUAGCCCAGAUUUGAACCCAAUUGAACAUCUAUGGGAUUAUGUUGAUUGUCAAGCUGUGCAAGAAGAAUGGGCAAAAAUUCCUUUAGAAGUCUUACAUAAUCUAAUUUUAAGUAUGUUUGCCCAAGUUAAAGCUAUUCUUAAAGCUAAAGACUGGCAUUUCAAAUACUAG